GUACCACACCACCCAGUAUCAUUUGCCAGGCGCCGUUCUCUUUUCUAACACUCUUUUUUUUCUCUGUGAAAUAAAUGGUUAAUCCAGCUAUAUCUCCAUAAAUCCUGAACAAACAACCUUCUCUCUCAUCAAGAUUCAAAAUAUCAUGUUGGUUUCUUCGCCUCUACCUCGCUGGUUUGAAGUUCUUCUCACUGAAAAGUUCUUCAACGCUUGCAUAAUUCAUGAAGAAGAAAAGAAGAACGAAAAAAACAUAUUUUGUUUGGACUGUUGCACCAGUAUAUGCCCUCACUGCCUGUCACUCCACAAUUCUCAUCGCUUGUUGCAGAUAAGAAGGUAUGUUUACCAUGAUGUUAUUAGGUUGGAUGACGCUGCCAAAUUAGUUGACUGUGACUAUGUCCAGCCAUAUAUAACUAAUAGCGCAAAAGUGGUGUUUAUAAACCAAAGGCCACAAACAAGGCUCAGAAGUUCGGGCAACAUAUGUAACACUUGUGACAGAGCCCUACAAGAUUCCUAUCUCUUCUGCUCUCUUUCUUGCAAGAUUAAUUAUCUCUUAAGCAUACAAGGUGGUCUUUCCAAGUUUUUCUUUGAGUGCAAGUACUUGCCCUUACCGGAAUCGGGAUUUGAUAAUGGCCUAGUGACACCUGAUUCGGUACUUGAGCCAACCGGGUCGACCCGAACAUCAUCCGGAUCAGGAGGAUAUGGUGAAGUCGGGUGCAGUACACUAGGUUGCACUGCUACAACUAAGAUUGCGAAGAAGAAGAGGAGUAGCAUGACGGCUUGUCGCUCAAUGUCUUCUCCAGUGCCUGAAAUUACGGUGAGCUUAAUUAAUAGAAGGAAAAAAACUCCACAAAGGGCUCCGCUUUAUUGAUCUUGUAUAUGGUGGUGAUAGCGACCAAUGAGAGUGGCAGGGGGAGAUCGGAGAAAUUAGUUGGUGGUUUUUAAGAAGUCUCCCAAUUUUGUAAAGGAUAUAGCCUCUCUUUUUUGUGUGGAUUCUGGUACGAAUGGGCCCUUUUUUUUUCUUUUGUUUUACAGAAUUACAACUAACGAUAUUUACGAGAGGGCACUUUUGUGUUGGCGCUUCCCCUA